UAGGUCUGAAUUGAAGCUUUUACAUCUUUCCACUAUCUUGUUCUGUUUCUGUCAAAGUAAUUCGAUCCAAAAAAGAUGCCAACUGGAACGCUUGAAGUUAUUCUUGGAAAUGCCAAAGGCCUUGAAGACCAAAAUUGGCUCACUAGUAUGAAUCCUUAUGUUGUCAUCACCUGCCGGACUCAAGAGAAGGAAAGUAGUGUUGCAUCAGGUGAAGGAUCUGAACCUGAAUGGAAUGAGACUUUCCUUUUCACCAUUAGUCAGGGUGUCGAAGAGAUCACCCUCAGGAUUAUGGACAAAGAUACUUUCAGUUCGGAUGAUUUUGUUGGAGAAGCAACAAUUUCCUUACAUGAAGUGUUUCGUGAACGAGAAGUGCCAACGCGCUCUUACAAUGUUGUCAAAGAUGAAGAAUAUUGUGGAGAGAUAAAACUUGGCCUCACUUUCACUGCUGAGUCGAAUUCUGAAAGAGGAUGUGAUGAAGAAGGCUAUGGCGGACGUAGACAAUCACGCGAUGACUACAGGGGAAGUGAUGAAGAUAACAAUGGAGGACAUAGAAAAUCGCGCGACGACUUCAGUGGAAGUGAUGAAAAUAAUCAUGGUGAACAUAGAAAAUCGCGUGAUAACUCCAUUGUAGAAGAUAAUCAUGGUGGACGUAGAAAAUCGCGCGACGACUACAAUGGAAGUAAUGAGGAUAAUCAUAGUGGACGUAGAAAAUCAUGUGAUGAUUACAGUGGAAGUGAUGAUGAUAAUCAUGGUGGACGUCGAAAAUCGCGCGACAAUUAUAGUGGAAGUAAUGAAGAUAAUCAUAGUGGACGUAGAAAAUCGCGCGAAGACUACAUCGGAAGUAAUGAAUAUAACUAUGGUGGAUAUAGAGAAUCACGCGAUGACUACUAAUCCCGGGAGUUGAGUUUAUUUAGUGCUCAUUUGGUUACAGAAAAUAAUCCUAGUGAUAAUAAACUCUGCAUCAAUUGUUUGUUGUUUGUUACAUUCCUCAACCUUCUUUUUGUCUAUAUCAACCUGAGGUGUUGCCAAUGGCUUGGUCUCCUUAGCCUUGUCAUCAUUCUUCCAAGUAAAUAGGCUUGUUGUGUUUCUAGGUUUCUUUAGGGAUGGAAACAGGACGGGGCAGAGCGCACGGGUAGGGGUUAAAUCUUCCCCUACUAAGGUUUUGCCAUGUCAUGCCAUGCCCAGUUUAACUCACUGUUUUAUUUAGAUCCAACCCUGCCCUACCUCGUUUACCAUGCUCUGUCUUGCCCCAUUUAGCCCCUCAUUUAUGUGUUCUUUAUUUUUGUUCCACGUGGAAGAUGAAGAAGUAUAUUGGCUCUUUGCCUUGAGUUGCCUCUCAAAUUUUAUGGUCAAAUCGAGCAAGAUCUCCAUGUUGUCAUAGGGGUAUAACUCUACCAUAUUGGCAAUGUUCUUGUUCAAUCUGUUUUUAAUUUUUGUCUCUGUAUGUAGAAUAUAUGUGCCAAUUAUAUUGUAAUUAUUAGAUUAUUCUAAAUGAAAUUCCUCAUGGAAUAGA